GAGCAAUGCCCAUGGUUUCCAGAACAAGGAACAGUUAAUAUAGAAACCUGGCAAAAGGUGGGGCAAACUUUGCAAGAUUAUUACAGCCAGCAUGGACCUGAGAAGGUUCCAGUAGAUACUUUUACUUUAUGGAACCUUAUAAGAGAGAGCAUUGCUCCUUUGCCUGAAGAGGAGGAUGAUGAUUCACCUCCUUUUGAUGAUCAAUUGUCUCCUGCAGAUCAGGAUGAUUUAGAUGCUGCUGCCUAUAAUUAUAAAAGAAGGAAAUAUGAACCCCAUGGUGCUUUUGCAUUACAAGAAACUAAAAAAAGUAGGCCUAACUUACAGGAUAUACGCCCUUUGGGUCGUCUACCGACCGCCCCACCAGCACCUUUACGUUCUUCAUUUCUCCCUUUACAAAGGUCAGGGCGUUCAAAUACCAAGGACCUUUCGCGUGGCCUACCACCUCCACCACCUUUUAAUAAAGGUCAAGGCGAAUAUAAAAGGCAUAGGAGAAUAAAUAAUGAAGAUAAUGAUUAUGCUUUUGCAGCCUGCUUUCCGGUUAUUUUUGAGGAUGAUUUUGAUGAUGAGCCAUAUUGGGAUCCUUUGCCUUUAAAACUUUUAAAAGAACUUAAAAAGGCUUGUGUAAAUUAUGGACCAUUGGCGCCUUAUACUAUGACUUUUAUAAACGCCUUGGCAAAUAAAUGGAUGACUCCAUAUGACUGGAUUCAGGUUGCAAAGGCUUGUUUGUCUGGAGGGCAAUAUCUGCUUUGGAAAACAGAAUAUGAAGAAUGGGUAGAUAAACAACAUGUUUUAAAUAAGAAGAGGGAUAAAUUUAAUAUUACUAAAGAUAUGUUAUUGGGCCAGGGAGAAUAUGAUACAGCUCAACAGCAGAUGCAUAUGGGAAAGGAAGCCUUAUGGCAGGUAACUACAUGUGCUAUAAAUGCCUGGAAGUCUUUGCCUUUGACUCCAGGGAAGGCCUCCACUUUGACAGAUUUAAGACAAAAGCCUGAGGAGUCAUAUGAGGAUUUUGUUUCUCGCUUGCUAAUAGAGAUAAAAAGGGUAAUAACUGAUGAGGAUGCAGCUAAUAUAUUAGCUAAACAAUUGGCCUUUGAAAAUGCCAAUCCUGUUUGUCAAAACUUGAUUCGGCCAAUUAAAAAAACUGGUAGCAUCUUAGAUUUUAUUAAACAAUGUUCUGACGUGGGUCCCUCUUAUAUGCAAGGGAUUGCUUUGGCAGCCGCUCUUAAGGGAGAAACACUUCCUCAAUGUAUGAUGAAUAUGGUUCAAAAAACAAAAAACCCUAGGGGACCAAAAGGAAAUAAUUGUUUUGCUUGUGGAGGCGCAGGUCAUUUUAGUAAAGAAUGUCCUAAUAAAAAUAUACCUCCAGCAGGUCCUAUUAGAAUGAUAUCUCCUGGUAAUGUUGGGGUCCCAAAGACUCCUUGCCAAAGAUGUGGGAAAGGAAAUCAUUGGACUAAAUUGUGUAAGAGUAAAUAUCACAAGGACGGACACAUUCUUCCCCCUAAUGGGGUUUCUACAGUGCCUCAGGCUGGAGCUCAAAUGCCAAUAUUUCCUGCACCUGUUUUUCCAGAUACACCUGCUGGAACUAAUUCGGGAAACUUACUUCGGGCCCAACCCCGGGCCCAACAAACAAUAGGGGCAAUUCACCAGACGCUCAAUCCCUUUCUUCCCUCAGGGGAAUCAAUGAAUUGUUCAGGGCCACCCCAGGCAGCGCAGGAUUGGACCUCUGUGCCGCCUCGGCAACAAUACUAA